GAUUAUCGGGCACAGUAUUACAGGUUUCUUUUUCAUGCAUAUUUCCUACUGUGACUAUAUAUAAUAUAGUCUUAAUAUAGUCCACGGAAUCUAUAGUUCAGUCUCCUCCCUCUCUCCCUUUCCUUCAGCCUCAUCUAUUGAAUUCUUGUUAGAACUCCGCUUUAUUUUCUGGAUGUCUCUUCUCAUCUCUUAACUAUUAAAUAGAAGAGAGCAGACAGCUGAGCUAAGGAAGUAGUUAAGUGGGCUUCAGGAAACUGGUAGACAAGGACAAAGAAAUCUAGAAGGAUAAUGUAGAAAUCAUGAAAGAGAAAAAUUGACAGAACAUAGAGGUGGCACCGUGUGAGAGAUUGUGUGUGGGUGUUGGUAGGUAGAGGGAUAUCUGUAGAAGUUGCCAUCAAAGAAUGUUGGAUUGGUAAAGCAAGAAGAUAUUAGGAGUAACAUUCAGGGACACUUUUACAGGGACAGGUCUGCCAGUUGAUGAGUCCUAUUCAGCGUAUUUUCACCAACCAUGGAUUUGCAUUGUAUUCAUGUAGUUGAUAUGUUUGUCAAGCCUGGCAGCAGCAUGCUGAGAACCAGGAUAGUUUCAACGUUGUUGACUUGCAUGCAGCCUCAGUUCCUUUUGUUUAAAAUUUGGAUUAAGGCAUAAAUCAACAGACUUUGGGUGGUCUCAUCCUCACCACUUAGAAAAGUACAUUCACAUGACCAAACUACUUCAGAAUUUGGCAAGACGGUAGUCUUCUCUCAUGAGAUUCCCAAGACAAGAGCAUUAGAGGUCAGUCCUGAGCUAGAUUGCCAGAGCAAGGGGGGAGGGGGAGUUUGUCCAAAACUUGCUUCAUUCUCCCAGCCUUAACUCAUAUUCUUAGCUGUUUCCUUUUAUAAAAAUGAAAAUUUCCAUUUAGGUCUCUGAGGAAAAUAGAAGAAUAAGAAAGGAUGUCAGAGUUUUAGAAGCUUCAACCAAGAAAAAGGAGCAAGAAGCAUCUCAUCUGUAGGCAGCAAGGGCCAUGAUUGUGCUCCUCACCUUUGCCACCACAGGAUGCAGCGAGCUGUCAGGUGGUGAGGAAGGAGGAGACACAGAGAUGACGCAGCAGGACACAGUUCCGGUUCCUGAGAAAACCCAACAGCCCACUGAGUGUUUCUUGACACAAGCAAAGGAGCCAAAAGCAGAGGAAUCCCGGAAGACCAGGAAGUGGAAGAAGAAGAAAAUUUCUGAUAUUCUUGCGAAAUCCGAGCCCAAACCAGGGACCCCUGAAGACCUUCAGAAGCUGAUCAGGGACCAUUACAGCAGCAGUCGUUCUGUGAUUGAAUUAGAGGAACUGUACCUACCAGACUCCUGCUUCCUCAAGGCCAAUGAUUUGACUCACAGUCUCUCUUCAUACCUAAAAGAAAUCUGUCCUAAGUGGGUAAAACUUCGGAAAACCCACGUUGAGAAGAAGUCGGUCCUAAUGCUGAUCCUCUGCAGCUCCGCUGUCCGAGCCCUGGAGCUCAUCAGGUCUCUGACAGCAUUCAGAGGAGAUGCCAAAGUGAUGAAAUUAUUUGCAAAACACAUAAAGGUCCAGGAACAGCUAAAGUUGCUGGAGAAGCGAGUGAUACACCUGGGUGUGGGGACUCCAGGGAGAAUCAAAGAACUUGUCAAACAAGAUGGCCUUAAUUUGAACCCCUUAAAGUUUCUGGUUUUUGACUGGAACUGGAGAGAUCAGAAGCUGAGGAGAAUGAUGGACAUUCCUGAGAUAAGAAAGGAGGUUUUCGAGCUUCUAGAUAUGGGAGUGUUCAGCCUGUGCAAGUCAGACUCCUUGAAACUGGGCCUUUUCUAAGCCUGGGUCCUGAUGAAGAGUCCAGUUGCCGACAUAUUGCAAGCACUCAGUCACCUACUCUGACGUAAUUGUGUUAACUUCAUCCCACAGUGGAUCACUGAGCACGCCUUGUGGGGAUUCUUUGACAACCAUGAGCCUGUCUUUCGGCUCAUACCGCCAGAUAAUAAAAGCCCUGUCUGUGUA